GACCAAUCCGGAGUCCCGAGAGAUGCUCGACUUUCUGCUCCGCCCUUCCGGUUACGUGUCUUGGGCUCGCAUUCUGAGAGGCUCUCGCUCAGUGGCAGCAGCCCGUUUCUGUGGCAACAGAAAAGCGCGGGAAUUACAGAUAAAUUGAAACUGCGACUGCGCGGCGUGAGCUCGCUGAAGCUUUCUGAACCGAGCAACGGCUGGUGGCUGUUGAGGUAACUGGGCCGUGCGGCCCAGGAAACCCGGACCCUUGGCUCUGGAUAAGGUUCAGUGGAACAGAAAGAAAUGGAUUUAUCUAUGGCUCGCAUUGAAGAAGUACAAAAUGUCCUUAAUGCUAUGCAGAAAAUCUUAGAGUGUCCAAUCUGUUUGGAGUUGAUCAAAGAGCCUGUUUCCACAAAAUGUGACCACAUAUUUUGCAGAUUUUGUAUGCUGAAACUUCUCAACCAGAGAAAAGGGCCUUCACAGUGUCCUUUGUGUAAGAAUGCUAUAACCAAAAGAAGCCUACAAGAAAGUACAAGAUUUAGUCAACUUGUUGAAGAGCUGUUGAAAAUCAUUCAUGCUUUUGAACUUGACACAGGAUUGCAGUUUGCAAACAAUUAUAACUUUUCAAAAAAGGAAAAUAACCCUCCUGAGCUGCUGAAGGAAGAAGUUUCUAUCAUCCAAAGUAUGGGCUUCCGAAACCGUGCCAAAAGACUUCGACAGAGUGAACCUGACAAUCCUUCCUUGCAGGAAACCAGUCUUAGUGUCCAGCUUUCUAACCUUGGAAUUGUGAGAUCUCUGAGGACAAAGCAGCAGAUACAACUUCAAAGUAAAUCUGUCUACAUUGAAUUGGGAUCUGAUUCUUCUGAAGAUACAGUCAACAAGGCAAGUUAUUGCAGUGUGAGAGACCAAGAAUUGUUACAAAUCACCCCUCAAGAAGCCAGAGUUGAAGUCAGUUUGGAUGCUGCGAAAAAGGCUGCUUGUGAGUUUCCCGAGAAGGACUUAACAAACAUUGAGCAUCAUCAAUCCAGUAAAAAAGAUUUGAACACCAUUGAGAAGCAUGCAACUGAGAGGCAUCCAGAAAAGUAUCAGGGUAUUUCUGUUUCAAACUUGCAUGUGGAGCCAUGUGGCACGUAUACUCAUGCCAGCUCAUUACAGCAUGAGAACAGCAGUUUAUUACUCACUAAAGACAAAAUGAAUGUAGAAAAGGCUGAAUUCUGUAAUAAAAGCAAACAGCCUGGCUUAGCAAGGAGCCAACAGAACAGAUGGGCUGAAAGUAAGGAAAUGUGUAAUGAUAGGCAGACUCCCAGCACAGAGAAAAAGGUAGAUGUGGAUACUGAUCCCCUGUAUGGGCGAAAAGAACUGAAUAAGCAGAAACCUCCAUGCUUUGAGAGUCCUCAAAAUACCCAAGAUAUUCCUUGGAUAACACUGAAUAGUAGCAUUCAGAAAGUUAAUGAGUGGUUUUCCAGAAGUGAUGACAUACUAACUUCUGAUGACUCACACAAUGGGGGGUCUGAAUCAAAUGCAGAAGUAGUUGGUGCAUUGAAAGUUCCAAAUGAAGUAGAUGGAUAUUCUGGUUCUUCAGAGAAGAUAGACUUAAUAGCCCGUGAUCCUCACAAUGCUUUAAUAUUUGCAGGUGAAAGAGUCCAAUCCAAACCAACAGAGACUAACAUUGAAGAUAAAAUAUUUGGGAAAACCUAUCACAGGAAGGCAAGCCUCCCUAACUUGAGCCACAUAGCUGAAAAUCUUUUUAUAGGAGCCAUUGCUACAGAACCUAAGAUAACACAAGAGCGCCUCCUGACAAAGAAAAUAAAGCAUAAAAGGAGGACUACAUCAGGCCUUCAUCCUGAGGAUUUUAUCAAGAAAGUAGAUUUGACAGUUGUUCAAAAGAUGCCUGAAAAGAUAAAUCAGGGAACUGACCAAAUGGAGCAGAAGAACAGUCAAGUGAUAAAUAUUGCUAAUAGUGGUCAUGAGAAUGAAACAAAAGACGAUUAUGUUCAGAAAGAGAAAAAUGCUAACCCAACAGAAUCAUUGGAAAAAGAAUCUGCUUUCAAAACUAACGGUGAACCCAUAAGCAGCAUUAUAAGCAAUAUGGAACUAGAAUUAAGUAUCUACAAUUCAAAAGCAUCUAAGAAGAAUAGGCUGAAGAGGAUGUCCUCUACCAGGCAUAUUCAUGCACUUGAACUAGUAGCCAAUAGAAAUCCAAGCCAACCUAAUCAUAAUGAACUACAAAUUGAUAGUUGUUCUAGCAGUAAAGAGGUAAAGAAAAAAAAUUCUGACCAAAAGCCAAUAAGGCACAGCAGAAUGCUUCAACUCCUGAAAGAUAAAGAAACUCCAACUGGAACCAAGAAGAGUAACAAGCGAAAUGAACAAAUAAGUAAAAGGCAUUCCAGUGAUGCUUUCCCAGAACUAAAUUUAACAAACGUAACUGGUUUUCUUACUAAAUGUUCAAGUUCUGAUAAACUUCAAGAAUUUGUCAAUUCUAGCCUACAAGGAGAAGUAGCAGAGAACCUAGAAACAUUUCAAGUGUCUGAUAGUACCAGAGACGCCGGAGGUCUGAUGUUAAGUGGAGGAAAGGGUUUGCAAACUGAAAGAUCUAGAUCUCUAGAGAGUACCAGUAUUUCAAUGAUACCUGAUACUGAUUAUGACACUCAAGACAGUAUCUCCUUGCUGGGAGCUGACACCCUAGGGAAAGCAAAAGCAGCACCAAAUCAACAUGUAAGUCAGUAUGCAGCAAUUGGAAAUGCCACUGAACUUUUCCAUGGUUGUUCUAAAGAUACUAGAAAUGACACUGAGAAUUUUAAGGAUCCGUUGAGACGUGAAGCUAACCACACACAGGAGACAAUUGUAGAAAUGGAAGAGGGUGAACUUGAUACUCAGUAUUUACAGAAUACAUUCAAGAUUUCAAAGCGUCAGUCAUUUGCUCUGUUUUCAAAUCCAGAAAAGGAAUGUGCAACAGUCUCUGCCGACUCCAGGUGCUUAGGAAAACAAAGUCCAAAAGUCACUUUUGACUGUAGACAAAAAGAAGAUCAGGAGAAGAAAGAGUCUAAAAUCAAACAUGUGCAGGCAGUUCAUACAACUGCAGGUUUUCCUGUAGUUUGUCAGAAAGAUAAGCCAGUUGAUUAUGCCAAAUGUAGCAUUCAAGGAGUCUCUAAGCUUUGUCAGUCAUUUCAGUUCAGAGGCAAUGAAUCUGAACUCAUUACUGCAGAUGAACAUGGAAUUUCACAAAAUCCAGAUCAGAUGCCAUCACUUUCUCCUAUCAAGUCAUCUGUUAAAACUAAAUAUAAGAAAAACCUGUCAAAGGAAAGAUUUGAGGAACAUACAAUAUCACUUGAAAGAGCAGUGGGAAAGGAGCGCAUCAUUCAAAGGACAGUGAGCCCAAUUAGCCAAAAUAACAUUAGAGAAAGUGAUUUUAAAGAAGCCAGCUCAAGCAGUAUUAAUGAAGUCGGUUCCAGUGUUAAUGAAGUAGGUUCCAGUGGUGAGAACAUUCAAGCAGAGCUUGGUAGAAACAGAGGACCUAAAUUAAGUGCUAUGCUCAGAUUAGGUCUUAUGCAACCUGAAGUCUAUGAUCAAAGUCUUUCUAUAACUAAUUGUAAGCAUCCUGAAAUUAAAAAGCAAGGAGAAAAUGAAGAAGUAGUUCAGGCUGUUAAAACAGAUUUCUCUCCAUGUCUAAUUUCAGAUAACCUAGAAGUACCUAUGGGAAGUAGUCAUGCAUCUCAGAUUUGUUCUGAGACACCUGAUGAUCUGUUAGAUGAUGAUGAAAUAAAGGAAAAUAACAGCUUUGCUGAAAGUGGCAUUAAGGAAAGAUCUGCUGUUUUUAGCAAAAGUGUCCAGAGAAGAGAGUUCAGAAGGAGCCCGAGCCCGUUAGCCCAAACAAGUUUGACUCUGGGUCACCAAAGACGGGCCAGGAAAUUAGAUUCCUCAGAAGAGGAUGUAUCUAGUGAGGAUGAAGAACUUCCCUGCUUCCAACACUUAUUAUUUGGUAAAGUAACCAAUAUGUCUUCUCAAUCUACCAGACAUGGCACUGUUGCCACAGAGUGUCUAUCUAAGAUAACAGAGGAGAAACUAGUAUCAUUGAAGAAUAGCAUAAAUGACUGCAGUAACCAGGUAUCAUUGCGAAAGGCAUCCCAGGAACAUCACCUUAAUGAGGAAGCGAGAUGUUCUAGUAGCUUGUUUUCUUCACAGUGCAGUGCAUUGGAAGACUUGACUGCAAAUCCAAGCACCCAGGAUCCUUUCUUGAUGUUUGAUCCUCCUUCCGAACAAGUGAGACAUCAUUUUGAAAACCAGGAAGUUGUUCUGAGUGAUAAGGAGGAAUUGGUUUCAGAUGAUCAAGAAAGGGAAACUGGCCUGGAAGAGGAUAAUCACCAGGAAGACCAGAGUGUGGAUUCAAACUUAGGUGAAGCAGCAUCAGGGUAUGAGAGUGAAACAAGCCUCUCUGAAGACUUUUCAGGGCUGUCUUCUCAGAGUGAUAUCUUAACAACUCAGCAGAGGGAUACCAUACAAGAUAACCUGAUAAAGCUCCAGCAGGAAAUGGCUGAACUGGAAGCUGUGUUAGAGCAGCAUGGGAGCCAACCUUCUAAUAGCUCCCCUUCCCUCAUAGCAGGCUCUUGUGUCCCUGAGGACCUGCUAAAUCUGGAACAAAACACAACAGAAAAAGAAGUGAUAUUAACUUCAGAGAAAAGUAGUCAACAUCUUAUGAGCCAGAAUCCAGAAAGCCUUUCUGCUGACAAGUUCCAAGUAUCUCCAGAUAGUUCCAUCAGUAAAAAUGAAGAACCAGAAGUGGAAAGGUCUUCCUCUUCUAGAUCCCAGUUGUUAAAUAAUAGGUGGGAUGUGCACAGCCACUCAAGAAGUCUUCAGAAUGGAAACUGCCUGUCUCAAGAGGAGUUCAUUACGGUUGUCGAUGUGGGGGAGCAACAGCUAGAAAAGACUGAAGCACGUGAUUUAACAGAGCAGUCUUAUUUGCCAAGGCAGGAUCUAGAAGGAACCCCUUACCUAGAAUCUGGAAUCAGCCUCUUCUCUGAUGACCCCGAAUCUGAUCCUUCUGAAGACAAAGCUCCAAACCUGGCUCAUGUUUGCAGCAUGCCAUCUUCAACCUCUGCAUUGAAAUUACCCCACUUUCAAGUUGCAGAAUCUGCGAAGAGUCUAGCUGUUGCUCAUACUACUAAUAUUGCUGGGUAUAAUGUGAGGGAAGAAAAUGUGAACAGGAAGAAGCCGGAAGUGAUAUCUUCAACAGAAAGUGUUAACAAAAGAAUAUCCAUGGUGGCAUCAGGCUUGACUCCAAAAGAAUUAAUGCUUGUACACAAGUUUGCCAGAAAACACCAUAGCACUUUAACUAAUCUAAUUACUGAAGAGACUACUCACGUCAUUAUGAAAACAGAUGUUGAGUUUGUGUGUGAACGGACACUGAAAUAUUUUCUGGGAAUUGCAGGAGGAAAAUGGGUAGUUAGCUAUUUCUGGGUGACCCAGUCUAUUAAAGAAAGAAAGAUGCUGGAUGAGCAUGAUUUUGAAGUCAAAGGAGAUGUUGUCAAUGGACGAAACCACCAAGGUCCAAAGCGAGCAAGAGAAUCCCAGGACAGAAAGAUCUUCAGGGGCUUAGAAAUCUGUUGCUAUGGACCCUUUACCAAUAUGCCCACAGAUCAACUGGAGUGGAUGGUACAGCUGUGUGGGGCUUCUGUGGUAAAGGAACCUUCAUCAUUCACCCUUAGCACAGGCACUCACCCAAUUGUGGUUGUGCAGCCGGAUGCAUGGACGGAGGACAGUGGCUUCCAUGCAAUUGGACAGGUGUGUGACGUACCCGUGGUGACCCGAGAGUGGGUAUUGGACAGUGUAGCCCUCUAUCAGCGCCAGGAGCUGGACACUUACUUGAUACCCCAGAUCUCCUAUAGUAGUUGCUGAUUCCAGCCUGCCAAGUAUAUAGAACCUGCCUCCACAGGACCCUGAGAAUGAGCUUAAGGAAUGCCAGACCCCGGGAGCUCCUCUCACUCUUCAGUCCCUCCACAGUCCCAGUUACUAAAUAUUUUAUGUGCAUUAGCCUGAAAUGAACUUCUGCCUAUGUAUGGGUCCCUUAAAGAUUUUCUGCUUCAAAUCUCCCUUUGAAAUCUUCCAUGAGCACAAAAUUGUAGUAAUUUUUCACCUGAAAAGAAUUUAAGGCCAUUUAAACUUCACCAAUUGAGCAAGAUGCUGAUGCAUUAUUUAUCAGCCCUAGUCCUGGUACUAAGGCUACUAGGAAACAGACAUGGCUUAGGUCUGAAAGUACAGAGUGGCUUCGCCUCUAGAGAAUAGCUGACCUCCCUGAUUUGUCUCUCUGGAACCCCAUGUACAUAAAGGCCCGGAAUCUGAUCCUUCAAUGGAAGGAGAGCAUUUGGGGAUCUGUGAUGUGGCUUAAGAUUAGUGCAGCCCCAAGGCAGCUCUCAAACAUUGGAGGGAAUUCAGGGCAGGUAGUGGAUAUAAACGUGAAACAUGAUUGUUAAUUACAAGACAGGGGAGUCAUGCUAAAGCUGUGAUCUUCAAAAGUCUGGGCUAUAGUUGCUUGAUUUGUAAAGAACCUCCUAGCAUUGAUGUGCUCUGAAACAGCAGAAUCCUUUCAAGACCUAUGCCCAAAGAGAAUCUUCUAAUUCCCCAUUAGUAAUAAAUAAAAUGUUUAUGUUGUAGCUCUGAUGUGUAACCCAUUCCUUUUAAAAAUACAAGAUCUCUGAUAUGAAUAUUUCAUGUUUGAAUAAAUGAAGGAUCCCACCAGGAAAGAAGCUGUAGCUUUCCUUGAGGUGAUUUUUUCCCCUUUGUUCCCUGUUGCUGAAUCGUACAGCUUCAUAAAUAAUUUUGCUUGCUGAAGGAAGAGAAAGUGUUUUUCAUAAACUCAUUAUCCAGGACUGUAAUAGCUGUUGGAAGGACUAGGUCUUCCUUAGCCCCCCAGUGUGUCAGAGCAGUGCAGACUUGAUUGUACAAAAUACAUUUGCAAAUGUUGUGCUGUUUGCCUGCAAAUAAACUUGGUAGCAGACACUUCCA